AUGACCUUCCCCAGAUUACUGCUGUCUACCGCUAGUUCCGGAGUUGACAAGACCUCAGGGCAGUUACACGUGUUUGUAGACGCCAGUAUGGCACCAUAUGGAGCCGCAGCGUACAUCUGCAAUAGCACCGACGCACGACUUGUCAUGGCGAAGAAUCGAGUGGCACCCCUCAAGAAACUCACACUACCACAACUAGAAUUGAUGGCUGCCUUGAUUGGUGCAAGACUAGGUUCCCAUCUACAGAAGUCGCUCAUAGUCACAGACAUUAGAUAUUGGUCCGACAGCCAGAUCGUCCUAAACUGGUUGAAGUCAUCGAAACCUACCAAGAGAUUUAUUACCAACCGAGAUAUCUAA